UUUGAUGAUUGUCUGAUUUGCAGAAACCGGCGUCGCGUCACCAUCCAAACCCCAAACGAAUACGCCCCGAACAAAUCGCCGUCCAAUUUUUACCGACUUCUUAUGUUGUCUGUGAACCCUAACCCUGUUCAUCGCUUUUACUUCUUCGAUCCUAUGAACAUGGGCCUUCCUGGUCUCACUCCUCCUCCGCCGCCGCCGCCGCCUCCUCCUGCUGCUGCCACCUCCGCUGUGGCCGGAAGCACCAGCUCCUCUGUUGAUGACCUGAGUAAGAAGAUCCGGAAGCCGUAUACCAUUACCAAAUCUAGAGAGAACUGGACUGACCUGGAGCACGACAAGUUUUUAGAAGCGCUGCAGCUGUUCGAUCGUGACUGGAAGAAGAUUGAAGCAUUUGUUGGGUCAAAGACAGUUAUCCAGAUACGUAGCCAUGCACAGAAGUAUUUUCUGAAGGUUCAGAAGAGUGGGACUAGUGAACAUGUGCCUCCCCCUCGUCCAAAAAGGAAAGCUUCUCAUCCAUACCCACAAAAAGCACCUAAAAAUGUUCUUGUUGCAUCCCAAGCUGCUGGCCCAUUUCAAUCUAAAUCUGCUUUGCACGGACCUGGUUAUGCAUACAGGACGGAUUCAUCAUCAGUACUUGGGAAUCCAAUUACAAGUGCUGCUUCCUGGAGUUUUAACACUGUCUCACCAGUGUGUGAAUCACAAGUGACAAAAGAUGAUGCAGUAUUGGUUGGACCAACCAUUACCCAAAAUGGCUGUUAUACUACUAGCAAUGAGAGCACUCACAUGACUUUGCCAGUUGGUCAACCAGUUGACUGGGGGAAUCAUGGCAAGCCAACAAGAGUUUUGCCAGAUUUUGCUCAAGUGUACAGCUUCAUUGGCAGUGUCUUUGACCCCAAUGCAAGUGGGCACUUACAGAAAUUGAAGCAGAUGGAUCCGAUAAAUUUGGAAACUGUGUCGUUAUUGAUGAGAAACCUUUCAUUGAACUUGACUAGUCCUGAGUUUGAAGAUCAUAGAAGGUUGCUUUCUUCAUACGAUAUUGGGUCUGGGAGUGCUCAACUUGGUAGCACAUACAACAAUCUUAAUGCUGUUAAAUCAGAGGGUACUGCACCUGCAUGAUGAGGUUAUCACAAAAUAAAAAGUCCAAGUGUGCGACCAUAGUAACAUCUUGUCUUCCAGUUCAUCCAAGGCCAUUUCUGACAUUGAAGCUCGAAUCCCAGGUUUAUGGAAAAAGAUCUGGGAACUUGACUUGCUUACCAGACAUUGGGAUCAGAUGAAUGUAACUAUGUAUAUACAUGUGUAGAUAUGAUCUUCCUAGGACCUGGUAGCUUAUGUCAUAGUUUUAUCCAUACACCGAGGUAUAUCUUCUGUCUACCUGUGUGUAUCAUACAGAGGUUUCUGUUUAGAGGCUAUUGUGUAUAGUGCUCUGAGAGCGUCUCCUUUUAGUUUUGAUUGUAUAUUCGUUGUAUGGAAGCCAAAGUAAUGUUAGGGCCCGUCUUCUUGGCCUGUAAUAUCUCCUCUUUCUUUUGGGUCUCUGGUUGAGAUACCUAAAAUAUCACA